GCUCCACAGAGUAAAAAUUGGUUUGUGCAAUCGAGUGCUUGGUACUUAGCCAACGAUAUAAAACGCCCUCUGCGUUCACUGGCAGUGGUACCAGACAUGGCCGCUGUCAUAUUGAGAGUUCAAUCCUUCCAGGGCUUGAAACCAGUGCUACAACAGAAAUGGCUAUGGACCGGCGGAUCCGUCAGGUGUGCGUCCGUUGCGCGAGGCAGGAUAGAGAAAGUCCUGAUCGCCAACAGAGGGGAGAUCGCCUGCCGCGUGAUGCGCACGGCCAAGAAAAUGGGGGUGCGCUCUGUGGCCGUGUACAGCGAGGCCGACAGGCACGCGAUGCAUGUAGCCAUGGCGGAUGAAGCCUAUCACAUCGGUCCAGCCGCAUCACAGCAGAGUUACUUAUCUAUGGAGAAAGUCAUGGAAGUUGCUAAGAGAUCACACGCUCAGGCUAUCCACCCAGGAUAUGGCUUCCUUUCGGAGAACACCGAGUUUGCAGAGCUGUGUAAACAGGAAGGCAUUAUCUUCAUUGGGCCUCCAUCUUCUGCAAUACGGGACAUGGGGAUUAAGAGCACAUCAAAGUACAUCAUGUCAGCGGCCGGUGUGCCCAUCAUUGAGGGUUACCAUGGUGAGGACCAAUCGGAUGAGAGGCUGCAAGCUGAAGCUGCCAGGAUAGGUUACCCUGUGAUGAUCAAGGCUGUACGUGGUGGGGGCGGGAAGGGAAUGCGUAUCGCUCCCUCUGAGGCGGACUUCCACGAGCAGCUGGAGUCCGCGCGGAGAGAGGCGCGCAAGUCCUUCAACGAUGACGUCAUGCUGGUGGAGAAGUUUGUGGAGAACCCCAGGCAUGUGGAAGUCCAGGUGUUCGGAGAUCAGCACGGAAACGCUGUGUACCUGUUUGAGAGGGACUGCAGCGUACAGAGGAGGCAUCAGAAGAUCAUAGAGGAGGCGCCCGGGCCGGGAAUCAGCCCUGAGGUGAGGAGGAAGCUGGGAGAGGCGGCAGUUCGGGCGGCCAAAGCCGUCAACUACGUGGGGGCAGGCACUGUGGAGUUCAUCAUGGACGCCCAGCACAACUUCUACUUCAUGGAGAUGAACACCAGGCUGCAGGUGGAGCACCCCGUGUCCGAGAUGAUCACGGGCACCGACCUGGUGGAGUGGCAGCUGAGGGUGGCCGCGGGGGAGGAGCUUCCGCUCGCUCAGGAGGAGAUCGAGCUCAGUGGGCACUCCUUCGAGGCUCGAAUCUACGCCGAGGACCCCAACAACGACUUCCUGCCGGGGGCGGGGCCUCUGCUGCACCUGUCCACGCCGCAGGCGGAUGACUGCACCCGCAUCGAGACCGGCGUGCGCCAAGGGGACGAGGUUUCGGCGCACUACGACCCCAUGAUCGCCAAGCUGGUGGUGUGGGGGGAGGACCGCUCAGCCGCCCUGAAGAAGCUGCGCUACAGCCUGCGGCAGUACAACAUCGUGGGCCUGAACACCAACAUCGACUUCCUGCUGAGUCUGUCGGGCCACCCGGAGUUUGAGGCGGGGAACGUGCACACCAGCUUCAUCCCGCUGCACCACGCCCAGCUCUUCCCCCCGCCCCUCGCCCCCCCCAGGGAGGUGCUCUGCCAGGCCGCCCUGGGCCUGCUGCUCCGGGAGAGGGACCACACCCACACAUUUAAGGCCCGGUCCCACGACCAGUACUCCCCCUUCGCUUCCAGCAGCGGCAGGCGGGUGAACGUCCUGUACACCAGGAACCUGACGCUGCAGCUCGGCGACAAAAAGGUAGAAGUGGCCGUUACAUACAACCCAGAUGGCACGUACAGUAUGGAGAUCGGGGGGGAGGUGUUCCUGGUCUCGGGGGACCUGGUGGAGGAGGGCGGAGCCUCGUACCUGCACUGCUCUGUCAACGGGGUGGUGUCCCGGCCCAAGAUGGUCGUCCUGGACAACGACGUGCACCUCUUCUCCAUGGAGGGCAGUUUUGAGGUGAAGGUGCCUGUGCCCAAGUUCCUGGCGGGGGUGAGCGGCUCGGGGGCACAGGGCGGGGCCGUGGCUCCCAUGACCGGGACGAUAGAGAAGGUUCUGGUGAAGGUUGGUGACACUGUGCAGGUGGGAGACCCUCUGAUGGUGAUGAUCGCCAUGAAAAUGGAGCACACUAUCCGGGCCCCGAAAGCAGGCAUCAUCAAAAAGGUCUUCUUCAAAGAGGGCUCUCAGGCCAAUCGGCACGCUGCACUCGUGGAGCUGGAGGAAGAGGAGGCCAGCGAAGAGUAGCUCCACACUGACCACGUUUGGACUCGCUGUAGGAAUAGUUAAACUGAGGAGGGUGCGGAAGUUAAAACUGUAGAUCGAGCUUUUCCAGCUCUGACUGAACACUACUACCACUGUUAUCCCUGGUUGCCUUGGAGAUUUGAGUUAGCCGCCUCCAUUUUAUUGUGGCAAAAAAAAAGUCGAAAUCUUUAAUGUCCUGCGCGCAAUAUUCUUGGCCUGAUGACUGAAGUGGUGAAGGUCUUUGUUUUGAGUAGUUUCUUUAUACCUGAUUUAAGGUUGGAUCCAGACUGAUUUUAGUCUGAGCAGAAUACGCAUAAAAAAUGAACUGGCAGCAAUCAAAGCAAAGCUCAAUUCAGUGCAGUGAAAUCAUGUAAUAUUAUUUCUGUGUAAAAGAGCAAAACGAAACCUGUUGUAUAGGUCAAAAAAAAGUUUUUCCCCUAAUGUUGGAUAGAAAGAAAAUGUAACUAGGUGGGAAAACUGGCUGAGACUCCUGACUAUGUUCCUGGAGACUGCGAUGCCUUAAUGCACUUACUGUUGUACUUACAGACGUUCCUUCACUGAGCAUUUUAUCUUCCCCUCGCUGUGUUUCCCUGUAUGUACUGAGCCCUUGUACAGCUCUACCUUUUCCUCCUAUGAAUGAGAGGGUGAAAGGAGCAGUUUUGUAUUUGAUGAAACCAAUGUUCUUCUGUAUUUAAUAAAGAGAUCUUCCAUCUUGAAAAUCACAA